GUUAGUAUUCUACUGCUGCAGCUGCUUGCCUUGGACGUGUGUGCGUAUACUGGGAUGCAGACUAGUUUCUCAUAGGCUAUUAAGCCAAACGGCACUGAAAUAUCACCGCAAGUCAAAUCUAUCACGCCCGACAAAACGAUUGUUGAGGAGGUAGGUUCUCAUCAUGGCUGAGCAGCAGCGACAGCGCUCCCUCUCCACCUCUGGAGAAACACUUUACCACAUCUUGGGCGUCGACAAGUUGGCUACACCCGACGACAUCAAGAAAUCUUACAGGAAGCUGGCGCUGAAGUACCAUCCCGACAAGAACCCAGACAACCCUGAGGCAUCAGAUAAAUUUAAGGAGAUUAACAGCGCCCAUGCUAUCCUGACCGACGCCACCAAGCGCAACAUCUAUGAUAAGUACGGCUCUCUGGGGCUCUACGUGGCCGAGCAGUUUGGGGAGGAGAACGUCAACACCUACUUCGUCCUGUCCAGCUGGUGGGCCAAGGCCUUGUUUGUGCUCUGCGGAGUGGCCACAGGCUGCUAUUUCUGCUGCUGCCUGUGCUGCUGCUGUAACUGCUGUUGCGGGAAGUGUAAACCCAGACCCCCUGAGGGCCAGGACCCUGAGUUCUACGUCUCUCCCGAAGACCUGGAGGCUCAGCUGCAAUCAGAUGAGCGAGAGGCUGGCGGCGGUGAGCCCAUCGUGAUGCAGCCCUCAGCCACAGAGACCACCCAGCUGACGUCCGACGGUCACCACGCCACCUACCGGACCGACACCGGAUUUAACUAAUGCACCCUCCACCUCCAGCCUACCACACAUGGUCCCCCCUCCUCCCUGCUCCACUUGAGUGAUGAUGAGCUCGAGGAACGAUUCGUCCGAACAACAUUGAACGUGCCACUGACGGUGGCACGCAACCUGAACUUUUUAAAGACAUCCCGCCCCACCCCACCCCACUCCACCCCACCCCACUCCAUUCCUCCCCAGCCCUGCCCUGUCCCUGUCCUGCCAACCCAUUACCACUUCCAUUUGUCCUUGAGUGGCACAUUACCCCCAUCUGUGUAGCAAAAAAAGGGAAGAAAUGAUAUUUCCUCUCCUAUCGUUUGCUGCCACUUCAUUUUGGCCUUUUGAUCCUGAUUUUGCCAUCCCACAAUCCCUUCCCAGUCCUGGUGUCCUGUAGCAUGUGCUGUUUGCUCAUUAGGUAGGGUCUUUCUCAUGUAUGUUUUCUCUAGUCGUAGUUUAUGAAGGCGUGUGUUUUUCAUUCACCGCAUAUGCUUAUGUUGUGUCGUUCUGCAAGUACAGUAGGCUAUGCGGCAGGCUCUACUGGGCGUAGUGUGAGGUGUUUGGGCUCAGGGAGGUAUUGGAUCUGAAGAGGAAACUGGUCCUUCUGUCUGUUGGUUUGUUUAUUUGUUUGUUAGUUUGUUUGUUUGUUUAUGCCCAAAGCUGCAUGCCGUCUCUUCCCUCACAUGCCCCAAGCUUUCAACAACACCUUCCUGGGAGACAAACCACAAAACACACAAAAAACAGGACACACACACACACACACACACACACACACACACACACACACACACACACACACACACACACACACACACACACACACACACACACACAAACUUCUAUGCCAAUUUAUGCCAAAACACUGCUUGUCAUUCACAUGAGUUCUCAUGUUUUAUCCAGUCUUAUACACUUCUUAUUGUAAACUUGCCUGCAAAAUCAACUGGGUUGACUCAGCCCUGUUUCAAACAGCCCUUAACUUUUGUUCUUGCACUCAUAUUUUUACACUACAAUACUUAGAACACCAGAGAGACCUUAGGAUGGCUACUGUAAGACAACACCUUCUUGCAGAAGAUGCAGUGUGUGACAGUCUGAAAGACGGAUCUUUACAAAGCACUAGCCAACCAACAGAUCAUGUUGUCGUGUUGUGACACAGGGGUGCGAGGGAACAGGAGACCCACAUUGCAGUGAUGCUGUUUGGCAGGUUAGGUGGGCAUGACUUUAUGUCGUGGUUGUUUUUGGCAUUUAGUUGUCUGACUGGUCUUACAUGAUGGCUCCUUCUUACGGUCAUAUUAUCUCUCGUUGUCUCUGAAUCCGGAGGAAAACCAUGUGUGUUUGUGUCAUUCCUUCCCUCCUCCACACCUCUCCCCUGAGUGUUGAGGAUUAUGCAUCAGAAAAUAAUACAAAAAAACAUGUAAAGAUAUACAAUAUACACACAUGAGGGAUGUGUCUGUAUAGUAUAUGUAUAUUUUGCUCAUUUUUACUUCGUAAUUGUUUGGAUUUUGUUUUUUCCAUUCAUAUUUGUAAGUGAGUUCCUGUUUGUAGUGCUUGUGAUUGUUUGUUGUUGCGAGUGCCACACCCCUCUGGUUGAUUGAAGCCUUGACAACCACUGGAUGGAAGAUUACAACAAUAAGGCAUCCUCUGUGUGGCAUCCUCUGUGUGUGACAAAGGCUGUUUACCAUAUAGUGCUGUAUCAUACAUUUGAAAUCAAUUACCACCAGUGUCUGAAGAGAUACCUUCAAAGUUUAAUAUACUGUAUACGGAUAUAAUUAUUGGAGUCAUUUCUUCUCAGGAUUGAGAACAUUAGAGCUUCAUUGGUUAAGGACAGGUCUUGUAAUCUGUGCAUCUGUUUCAUGGGAAUAUUUUAUCUUAUCAAGAACAGGAAAGGGGUUUGUUAUCAAAUGAAUGCAGUGGGUUGGGUUACAUGUGUCAAAAUGACAUUCACCUGUGGUUUUUGCACUGUUGGUGUACUCAUUCUUUAAUUGUGGUGAUGUUUAAGUAACCGUUGUACUUAGAUUUGGUGGAAAUAUAUGAACUGAUUAUUAUAAGAUUUACUUUACAGUAAGGUGAGGAUAUUCACAACCUCAUGAUCUAAAGAGACAUCUUAAGACUAAAACUCAAAAUGGCCAGUUGUGCAGUCUGAUGGGAAGAGUCCUCUCCCAACAUACAGUAGAUUAAGAGUGUAAUGUGUUCAGAUUGGGCACUGAUUUGACGUAACGGAACAUUCUUAUCACUUCCUCUUGUGUUCACAGCCGUUCAUUUGAAUUAUUUUUUGUCUCUAUGGAAAUGAGCUGAUUUUAAAUGUCUGCAGCCAAGGACCCCUGUCUGAUAUCUUUUUACACCAUGACAUAUUUUGUGUCAUCAGGCCACAAUAAGUACUAUUUAUUUUUUUCAAAUUUUGUGUUCCAUUUUUUGUUUCAUCAUCAUGUUGUAUAAUCAUGACAUUUUAUAAGGUGUAUAAUUGUUGGUGUUGUUUUCAUGUUCGUGAAGUGGAAUUCCUACGUACCGUAGGGUAGGUCCCCAUUAUGCUAUGGAGUACAGAGUAACAGCUUCCUCAUAAUCAGAUCAUAAGUGAUCACAGUGAGUGUCAACCACUGGCAGUUCCUCCAGUGACCAAUAACAGAUGUUUCAAUAUGUAAUUUAAAUAUCAAUAAAAUGUUGAUCUCAUAAAUGUAAACACUGAGCCGCAGUUAUACGCAAGUCAUUUCAUUCUCAGCCAUUUAGUUGUCACAUCAUGUUUAUGUUGUAAUAUCUCAAAAGCUAUAAUUUAGUUAUUUUAUAAGAUGAUAGCCACCACAAUCAGAUUUUGGUCAUUUUCUAAUUUCCUGUUUGUUUAUUUAUUGUUGGACAUUGUUGUGAUUGACCACAAAAACCAGCCAUAUUCAGCCAUACGUACUCCUCUUUUUUUGUUGUUUGUGAAAUGCCAAUAAUGUGAGUUUGAACUGUUUACAAUGAGUUUGUGAGCAUUCCUCCUCUGCCUCCUUGCCUUCUCUCUUCUUCUGCUCUUAAUUACUUGCUCUCAGUGGUCGUUUUGGCCCCUGUGGUCCCUAACGUUGCAAUUCACACACUUUCCCCCUCAAAACAUCUGACAGCUACUACAGCUUCUUUAUCGAUAUGUUGGAAAAAUGCAACUUGUUUUGAGUUGAAUGCAAUGUGUAAAAAAGAAGUCUAUUGUACUGAAGAAAAAGAUCAGGAAAAAGAUUCUUUAGAAAAAAAGAGUCUUCAAAACGAAGACAGUGCUUAGUGUAAUAAUAGUGAUAUGGUAAGUUGAUGCGUUUUUUAUUUUAUUAUCUUAUUUUGUCUGAUGAACUGUCCUAGCUUCAAAUUGUAUGUAAUUUGGAUGUGGCGAAGCUAUGCUACCCAUGGUCUAAUGGUUAAGGUCUCAUGUACAUACACUGAAAUAUGAGGUAUAAUAACAGACCUUUAUGUUGUAGCAUGGUUAUUGUAUGUCUGGAAGAGAAAAAAAACAUUUAUCUGAUUUGCUGUUGUAAAAUAAAUGUUUCUGAACAUUUAAAAA